ACAGCUUUCUCUAUUCUUCUACAUUUUUCUUUUCUCUUCAAACGUUGUGAACUAUUAACUUGUUUCAUGCAGCAUUUUCCACUGGGAAUUGAUGCCAGCUUAGCUUUGUUAAAUAUGUGAUAAACUGGACCAAAGGCAAGGUGGAUCAAAACUGAUUCAAUUUUCUUCUUUUCCUCGAACAUCAUCCUCGUGUCUUGAAUGAGACUGAUUAAUUUCCAUAUAAAAAUAACCCUUAACCUUGUAAACAGCGAUGUAAAUUGAUGUUAUUUUUAUCCACUGGACAUUAGCAUAGGAAUUUGCUAGAUUAUCAUUGUCUUGCAUAUUGAUUACAUUUUCCACCCACAUUUCGCUUCAAAUCCAUAGACUAGAGAGAACUUCACUCUAAACUGCGUCCAAAUUUCAUUAUAGUCACCGAAAAAAAAUUGUUCCUUUCGACCUUUGCCAUUUUCACCGAAUUUUCUGACGUUUUAUCACGUGACAUUUAAGCUGUAAAAAAAAAAUAACAGCUGACCAUGUCUUUUAACUCAAACAAACGCAACAUAUUUAUUAAAUCAUUGGAGCCAUGGACCUUCCCAGCGUCGAUUUUGUCAUUUCUUCUGGGGACAGUUCUCGCCUGGAAACAUGACGGCAAGUUUGAUGUUGUGAAAUGUUUCCUCACAGCUCUUGUUAUCCUCCUCACUCACGCGGCAGGGAACUUUGCAAACUCGUAUUACGAGGCCGAAGACCGAAGGUUUUUCAUUUCGUCUACCACAAGACGAGUCACGCUCGAAAUCAGCGCAAAAUGGGCGGUAUGGAGUUAUGUUCUUGCUUCAGCAGCGUUUUGCUGUCUAGCUGUGGUCUCUGAAGCAGAAUUCAGGCUGGAAUUUGGCCUGUACGCUACUGGUUUUCUCACUUCAAUGUUACAUGGUGGAGGAUUGAAGAACAUUGUAGUCGGCGACGUGUUAGCCUGUGGGAUAUUCGGUCCUCUGUCUCUUGUGUUCAGUUACAUUCAACAGGUUGGAACCGUUCACCGGCAAUUGUCGUAUACUUGGAUGGUAACUUACUCUUUGCCUUUUAUGCUAUUCACAGAAGCUAUAUUUCACAGGUAGGAAGUUGCCUCUUACUUUUUUUAACUCAUUCGUGACACCUCAAGCGCGAGACAUGUUUACUUGUCUCUUGAAUAAUUUAACCCUUACCACUCGGGUUGCCUCCCACGAGAUCGUCAAGUCGACGAAAGCUAGUCAAGUGUGACCGAGGUUACAGGGCUAAGGACAUAUUCUCGUUUCUACUAUUGGUUCUUAGGCUAGCGAUGUUCUUUCGUGACUGAGUUACUCAGACAUCGCAAUUAUGAGAAAAAGCUAACUUCGUGUAAUGAAUCUAAUCCUUACACCUGUUACGCUUGGCUGCACUACGCACUACGCACUACGCACUACGCACUACGCACUACGCAUCUUAUUAUACCCGCGGAAGUUUGUGUUUAUCGUAACAGUGGCUUCAAUCAAACCAUUAUCAGGCAGAAUAAUGAAUCGAAAUUAAAUUCCCGCUUCUUAAGUCAAGGGCUGUUAAUCUCAAAGUUCGUGGUUGAUCUGGAUAAAGGAAAAAUCCAAUACACAAUAUUUUUAAGAAUAUAGAUUAUAUAUAGGAUAUAUAUAUGAUAUAGAUAUAAAGAUUAAUUUUGACUUUACGUAAGACAGUGCUCAAUGCAUAGGAGUAGAGCGAUGUAUAUAUUGUGGGAAGAAAAAGACAAAUAAGCUACCAGUUCAUCCUUACAGACCUGUUUCGUGGUUGCCCACUCAUCAGGGGACUUAAUGAGAAUAGAUCUUUACCAUCGCUACCAUGGUAAAGAUCUAUUCUCAUUAAAUCCCCUGAUGAGUGGGCAACCACGAAACAGGUCUGUAGGGAUGAACUAGUAGUUUAUUUGUCUUUUUCUUCCCACAAUAUAUAAGAUAUAGAUCUAUAUAAGAAUAUAGAAUAUAUAUAUAGGACCAGCAUAUAGAGCACCGAUUACCAACGUCGAAAUGCUGGGUUUUUUUUCGCACAACUGAACGGUCUCAAAAAAGAGAAAAGUAAAAGAAAGGCAGCAGAACAACCAGCACUUUUACGGACAAAUCGACCAUUUGCGAAACCUUUCCGUGGACACCGAUGACACAGGUUCUACACACAUGCGUACGGCCAUAUAGUUUGAGCUUUCGUAGUACUAUUGAUUCAUGUUCCCAGAGUCCCUGUUCCUCUGGGUCAGAUAUUGGGAAUAGACGACUUAAGGGUCAUAAAUUGUUCCUAUUAAUACAAUGUGACGUUUGACGUGUUUUUUUCCCCCUAGUCAAAACACACGUGAUCUUAAGACAGACAUCAGAGCUGGCUACAGGACACUGGCAGUACUUGUUGGACCACAGCGCGCAUGUUAUUUUCACACUUUAUUUAUGUUGUUCCCAUAUGUAAUAGUAGGUUUACAAGCUGCAACUACCUCGCUGUAUUUCGGGUUAACUUUGCUUACUCUACCUUUCGCCUUUAAUUUAAGUGUAGCGUGUUUUGAAGGGAAACAUUUCACUCUACCACAAAAAAUUGCCGUCUUAUAUGCUUCAUUUGGAAUUUUGUACGUUUUUAGUAUGUACCUAUCAUAG